AGCACGGGUUCAGGUCGCGCCCUCCCCAGCAGCGGAGACCGCUCCCCCUGGCGCUGUAACAAGGACAGCAAGCCCUGGAGUUCACUAUAUCAAGAAAUUAUAUGCCAAAAUAUAAUGCCAUAUGAGUCAGAGAAAAGAAGGAUCCUAAACAUAUGGCCUGAUUGUUGGCAAUGACAUCGACAACAGGCUGGCAUUUAUUUCUGUCCUAACCAGCUACUUUAUAACUGUGAAUAGUAACUAUGCAUAUUUGUUGGUCAGCCAAACCAAGGAACAAGAGCUAUGGCUGUUGAAAAAGUCUAUCUGAUUCCAGGUUACUUUUCCUGGGUUUCAUCAUCAAGGACCUCCUUUUCAUCUCAACAAUGUGGUACCUUUUACCAUUUGAUAAAGAUUAAGGACAUGUUCUUCGGUCAACAGCCAGAACUUAAAAUCUGCUGGAAUAGAGUCAGAGACCAUUUCAACUACAGCUGAGGAAAAUGAAAUUUCCUUUUUAUUUGGUGCCUUGUACAGGGAGCACACUAAAUAACUCUUAUGGAAACGUGUGAGUAAAAAGAGAUUGAGUUUUGUCUACUAGAAACUCAUGGUUAUGGCUAGUGACCCAACGUGAUCAGAGGGGGCAAGAGCCACAAAGGAACUCAUGACAGGCUAUACCAUGUUGCGGAAUGGGGGUGUGGGGAAUGGAGGUCAAACCUGUAUGUUACGGUGGUCUAACCGUAUCCGACUUACAUGGCUCAGUUUUACGCUCUUCAUCAUUCUGGUUUUCUUCCCCCUCAUUGCUCACUAUUAUCUCACCACUCUGGAUGAGGCUGAUGAGGCCGGCAAGAGGAUUUUUGGCCCACGGGCUGGUAAUGAGCUGUGCGAGGUAAAGCACGUGCUGGAUCUUUGCCGAAUUCGUGAGUCUGUAAGUGAAGAGCUGUUGCAGCUGGAAGCCAAGAGGCAAGAGCUGAACAGUGAAAUUGCCAAGCUGAACCUAAAGAUUGAAGCCUGUAAGAAGAGUAUUGAGAAUGCCAAGCAGGACCUGCUUCAACUUAAGAAUGUCAUUAGCCAGACUGAGCACUCUUACAAGGAGCUGAUGGCCCAAAAUCAGCCCAAACUUUCUCUGCCCAUCAGAUUGCUCCCAGAGAAGGACGAUGCUGGCCUUCCUCCCCCAAAGGUCAUCCGGGGUUGUCGGCUACACAAUUGUUUUGAUUAUUCUCGCUGCCCUCUCACCUCUGGUUUUCCAGUCUAUGUUUAUGACAGUGACCAGUUUGCCUUUGGCAGCUACAUGGAUCCCUUGGUCAAGCAGGCUUUUCAGGCUACAGCACGAGCCAACAUCUAUGUUACAGAAAAUGCGGAUAUUGCCUGCCUCUAUGUGAUAUUAGUGGGAGAGAUGCAGGAGCCAGUGGUGCUGCGGCCUGCUGAACUUGAGAAGCAGUUGUAUUCUCUACCACAUUGGCGGACAGAUGGACACAAUCAUGUCAUCAUCAAUCUAUCACGGAAGUCAGAUACACAGAACUUACUGUAUAAUGUCAGUACAGGCCGUGCCAUGGUGGCCCAGUCUACUUUCUAUGCUGCCCAGUACAGACCUGGCUUUGACUUGGUAGUAUCGCCACUAGUCCAUGCCAUGUCAGAGCCCAACUUCAUGGAAAUCCCACCACAGGUGCCAGUUAAGCGGAAAUAUCUCUUCACCUUCCAGGGUGAGAAGAUUGAAUCACUAAGAUCCAGCCUUCAGGAGGCCCGAUCCUUUGAAGAAGAAAUGGAAGGUGACCCCCCAGCUGACUAUGAUGAUCGUAUCAUUGCCACCCUAAAAGCUGUACAGGACAGCAAGCUAGAUCAGGUCCUGGUAGAAUUUACCUGCAAAAACCAGCCUAAACCCAGUCUGCCUACUGAGUGGGCACUGUGUGGGGAGCGGGAGGACCGCUUAGAAUUACUAAAGCUUUCCACCUUUGCCCUCAUUAUCACUCCUGGGGACCCUCACUUGGUUAUUUCAUCCGGAUGUGCAACACGGCUCUUCGAAGCCCUGGAAGUUGGUGCUGUCCCAGUUGUGCUGGGAGAGCAAGUCCAGCUUCCUUACCAUGACAUGCUGCAGUGGAAUGAGGCAGCCCUGGUGGUGCCCAAGCCACGUGUUACCGAGGUUCACUUCCUGUUACGAAGUCUUUCUGAUAGUGAUCUACUGGCUAUGAGGCGGCAAGGCCGCUUCCUCUGGGAGACGUACUUCUCAACCGCUGACAGUAUUUUCAAUACCGUGCUGGCUAUGAUUAGGACUCGAAUACAGAUCCCAGCUGCUCCCAUCCGGGAAGAGGCAGCAGCUGAGAUCCCCCAUCGUUCAGGCAAGGCGGCUGGAACAGACCCCAACAUGGCUGACAAUGGGGACCUGGACCUGGGGCCAGUAGAAACUGAGCCGCCUUAUGCCUCGCCCAAAUACCUCCGCAACUUUACCUUGACCGUCACUGACUUUUACCGUAGCUGGAACUCUGCUCCAGGGCCUUUCCAUCUUUUCCCCCACACACCCUUUGACCCUGUGUUACCCUCAGAGGCCAAAUUCUUGGGCUCAGGAACUGGAUUUCGGCCGAUUGGUGGUGGAGCUGGGGGUUCUGGCAAGGAGUUUCAGGCAGCACUUGGAGGCAAUGUUCCACGGGAGCAGUUCACAGUUGUGAUGUUGACUUAUGAGCGGGAGGAAGUGCUUAUGAACUCUUUAGAGAGAUUGAACGGCCUCCCUUACCUGAACAAGGUGGUGGUGGUGUGGAAUUCUCCCAAACUACCAUCAGAAGACCUUCUGUGGCCUGACAUUGGCGUCCCCAUCAUGGUGGUCCGUACUGAGAAGAACAGUUUGAAUAAUCGAUUCUUGCCCUGGAAUGAAAUUGAGACAGAGGCUAUCCUGUCAAUUGAUGAUGAUGCUCAUCUCCGCCAUGAUGAAAUCAUGUUUGGGUUUCGGGUGUGGAGAGAAGCACGGGACCGCAUUGUGGGUUUCCCUGGCCGUUACCAUGCGUGGGACAUCCCUCAUCAGUCCUGGCUCUACAACUCUAACUACUCCUGUGAGCUGUCCAUGGUGCUGACAGGUGCUGCCUUCUUUCAUAAGUAUUAUGCCUACCUGUAUUCUUACGUGAUGCCCCAGGCCAUCCGAGAUAUGGUGGAUGAAUACAUCAACUGUGAGGACAUUGCCAUGAACUUCCUUGUCUCCCACAUCACUCGGAAACCCCCCAUCAAGGUGACCUCACGGUGGACUUUCCGAUGCCCAGGAUGCCCCCAGGCCCUGUCCCACGAUGAUUCCCACUUUCACGAGCGGCACAAAUGUAUCAACUUCUUUGUCAAGGUGUACGGCUAUAUGCCCCUGCUGUACACGCAGUUCAGGGUGGACUCUGUGCUCUUCAAGACGCGCCUGCCCCACGACAAGACCAAGUGCUUCAAGUUCAUCUAGGGGCAUUGCAGGUUUGGGGAGAGGACGAGCAGAGUGAGGGAGGUGGCUCCUAGACAUGGAAGGACCCCAGGCACACCCACUGGGUGGGUGGCCCAGACCCUCUGCCUGGAGAGGCGGCAGGAAGAGUAGAAAGGAAAUAGUUGCCUUUCUCUCGAAGCUGCCACGCUGGGCCUGGAACCCAGACAGAGGACACUGGGGCUCCCUGCAGGGGCACUGACUGAUAGCGUACACUGAGGACAUGGGGACUCUGGAGAGUCACUCACACAGGUCAUAAGCCCAGGACAGCUGGUUUGUGGUUUUUAAAUCCAGUAACAACUAUUAUUAUUAUUUAAAAAGAAAAUGUUUCAGAUUUGCCAUUCGAGGCUUAUUUAUAUAUAUGUGUGUGUAUAUAUACAUAUAUGUGUGUAUGUAUAUAUAUAUGCACACACACACACUCAUGUGCAUAUACAUAUAUAUAUUUGGGGGGAAUUUGAAAUUUCUGCCUAUCUCACAAAGUGAGGGACCCACCAAGGCUCCUGAUGUUCCCUUUUGGUGGAGAUGGAUCCUGGCCUUAUGGAUCUGGCUCAUCCUUAACGAUCAUCUCCAUUCUCCCCAGAGGAUGUGCAGAAACAGAAAAAGGGCCGGGCUGGCCCUCUAAUGGGGCCCUGGAUGAGAUAAGACCUGCCGGUUUGUUCCUUCUCCCUUUGCACUGCCAACAGCGCUCCGUGACACCUGUCUCCUCUCCCUUGAGUCCCUGGGGAGGGAGGACCUGCGUUUGGGGACAGUUGAGCUUCCUUGUGCUGGAUCAUUGGUGUUUGUAGAGUCAUGAUGAGGUCAUGCUGCCCCAGGACUGUCCCUGCUUUCUUUCUCUUCCACGUUGGAACCGGAGGAAUGAGGAAGGAAGGAGACCCAAAGGCAGCACUUCCAAGUGGCUCUUUGUCCCGCCCUCCUUUCAUAAAGAUGUGUUGGCUUCAGGCUUUCCUGCGGGUUGUCUCCUAUGUAAGAGAACAGAACUGGCAGCUGCCCUCCCAGGUGCGGUCUGGAGUGGUCUGCAGGUGGGCCUUCUCUCAGUGACUAGGAAUAAGCACGCGUCCUUUGUGGCCCCCCACCCGGCUGGCCGGUGAGUCUUAAACAAGGCAGCUGCCUUGGGAUAAAUACCUGGGUGAAAUUCACCUCCCCCUACACCGUAUGUUACCUGUAGUUUUUGGAUCCCUAAUGCCUGGUUGUUCCAGAACACCCCGAGGUUUGGUAUGUGCCAGAACAAUGGGAGGAUCUAACACCCUUUCCUUGACUUCUGAGUGAAAUACCAUAGGCAUUUUCACCCACAUUAUCACUUUCCUUGGGUUUACAUUUCUAUUCCCUGGGCUGAGAUAGAAAUAAGCUCAUUUUUCUUUUGUGGUGACGGCAGUAGGAUAAGCAAAGAGGGUGUUAGUGGCACUUGGCAGGGAUUCAGCCCAUGCCUUUGGCCAUUUUUCUGGACCCCACUUCCUUUCAGUGAAGUUGAGCGUAGCUGGUUUUCUGCACCUGAACAAAAGCUCAGGUCUGUCCUGGUCAUGCACAUGCCUUAAACCAGUCCGUCUUCCCCAGACCUUGACACCUGUGCUUCUAUUUCUUGGGGGCACAUUCUCCUGUGACCUGCCUGUACCAAUGGGUUCUCUUCAAGCACCAUUUGGAAGCCAGGCUCGGUCCUGUAGGUACCACCCAGCCGUAGGGCUAGCUUGACGUAAGUGGCCUCUCUGCAGGACCAGGGCUGCUCCCAGGGCGGGUGGUGUCCUCCAGGGUCCUCAGCGGCAUCUUCUCAUGGCCCUAGGAGAUUGAGUCACGCUUCUCAGCAACCCAGCAAAGGGUCCAGACUCCCUGCACCCUAACUUUCUAGCGUCCUUUCCUUGACUUCUGACUGUAUUCUUUUUAGCAGUAGCCUUCUUCCCUCGGGAAGCCAAAGAGUGUGGUGUUUUGAGCUAUGUAUGUGGCUGCUAUUUUUAUCUUGUUCAUUUUAAUGUGAGGAACUAAUAUACUGCCCUUCAGUGGGGCGUGGUGGGACACGAGCAGUCUGUGUUAGGAUCCCCUUCAGAGGGGCCCGAUCGUUGGGUCCCUGAAGGCUGUUGGUGGAUCCAGGCGUAGCUGAACGGGCUGAGAUCAUGGAGAACGUCAGCGUGUGCUGUAGGCAAGGUUGUGAUGCCAGAGCUUCAAACAAGGAUGCUCUACUGGGACCUGGAUGGACACUGACAUGAAGGACCCCACAGCAGGCUCUGGUGGACGCUAAGAAAACAGCCGUGUUCUUAGACACUCAGCAGCAAGCAGCAGGCAGGCGGACCUUCGGGUUGCGGGUCAGGUGCUCCUGGAGCAUGGCUGCUGGGUUUGCACGUGGCUUAGGGAGAGGCCCCGCCCGUGCUUAGAAGGCCUUUGGUGCUGAUCGUCACCUUGGGAAGCCCGAUGUCACCUACACCACCUGUGACUCACCUGGAACACGAAACAGCUCCGAAGAUCCACGUGGGUUUCCUUGGCUGUUGAAGGUAACACCCUGGGCCCAGGACAUCCUUGGUCUCCGGGCAGCGGUUUGCUCCUCACCGUGAGGGGAAUCCCGAGUGAGGGCCUCCCAAGGUGCUCGGCGGCCGUUCUGCGCUGGGCACCUCUGGCCAGGCUCUGCUGUGGGCGCACUUCCAGCCGGGGCCUGCGCACAGGGCCGCGGCCCCACUGUGCGGGAGGGGUAACCUCUUCGUAGUUGCCUGCCUGUGCGCUCACGAGCUCCUGGUUUGAGAUGACGACACUUAGAAGGGGAGUUCUCUGCUCUCCAUGCCAUGUCCAUCCACCCACCCUUUCUAGUCAUGAGCACAAUGGUCUGACAUGGGAUUUUUGUAAAAAAAAAUAAAAUACAUGGAGACUAA